AUGUCGUUUACCGGCGUGUGGAGAACGCUGACAAAGCAAGGCUGGACGUCGAAGAAAUCUGUGGGGCUCUCCGACUAUGCAUUCUACAUCCGCCCAGGGAAGUCGGUGAAGGGCGUGCGGGGAGAGGACUACUUCGUUGGAACGCAGGAGCUCUUUGACUACUUGGACAAGCUCGCUGCUGGAGGUGCUGAGGACUCUGUUUAUGAAGACGCUGGACCUGGGGACCCAGCGAGGACUACUGCCAAUCCUCCGAGGACGCGCAGCAAACGCAAGAAAACAACAACUGCAACGGAUGAGCCCAGAGCAGAUGGCAAGGAGCGCCAACCUGUUGCCCCACCAGGUACAUUAUCUGGCAAACCUGUAUUAUACCUGGCGGUUUUGGGUGCUAGCCUGUACGAUACUGGUGACUACGCAGAACAUCACUCGAAGCAACCAGGCCAUCCUCCGAGAACGCACGAUGCGCCUAGUCGACGAAGUUUAGCCGCUGUAUUUGAAAGUGUUGAAAGCACUGACCAAGCAAGCGCAGACCUCCAUCAGAGCGAUGAAGAAACCAAGGAAGACGAGGUUGUCGACGACAUGCUUGAUGCAAACAUAUAUCGCUCAGGUGAAAACCCAUCCGAAUACGUCGCAUUGGAGUCCGAUGUUGAGAAUGAUGAUGGUGCUUCGCUAAAUGGAGAUGAAGGCGAUGAUGAAUCACAUAUGUCUGACGAUGAUUUGCCGUUGUGGCCUGAUAUGCCGUCGUUCCGAAUGCAUCCCCAUCUCAUCGAGGCGUGUGGAGGCCAGGCACGUAUCGAAGAUGGACGUGUGCGUGAAGCGUUUCUGCGGGGUCUGGAGAGCAUGGACAGUAACGGAUGGAGUAAACCAGCAACCCAUGAACCGUAUGACUACAUGAUGCAGCCGUAUGAGGAAAGACCCGCAGAUGCAAUGAAAGAAGACUACCCUUAUCUCUACUCGGGAACGUCUGGACCUACUAGGCAAGCGCUGAAGGCGGCAGCAACUGCGUCCGGUGCCUUCUUCUUCUUUGCUGAACCUGAACUUUGGGAAUCCAUUGCUGAUACGAGCAACGAUUACUUUGCUGAGAAGAUUGACGAACGUGUGAAUGGGCUCCACUUGAAGCAGCUAGCGCGUGCUCAGAAGCAUGCUGGUUUCAAGCCCAAGUCACUCGAAAAGUUGCGUCAAGAUAUGGAGGAAAUGGAAGCAAUAAGUGGUCGGGAACUGUGCAUUUUUAUUGGUUUGUUGGUUGCACGAACUGUCGUGCCAAAUAAAGAGAAGCUGGCACACCACUGGAAAAAGGUUGAUGAAGGUGCUAUUCCACGCGGCUGUUUGGGAAACUUUAUGGCACGUGACCGCUUCAUGCACAUUUCCAGAAAUCUGCACUUUAGUUGCAACAGUGACCCUCGUGCGCGUGUUGACAGGGCCUGGAAGCUGCGGCCAGUAGUGGAUGCACUGCAAAGGACAUUUGCGGCUGGAUAUACCCCACCGGCUAUCAUGGCGUUUGAUGAGGCCAUGCUUCCAUCCAGGUCUUCGUUCAACCGCAUGCGAGUUUUCAUGAAAGCCAAACCCCGCAAAUGGGGCACGAAGCUGUUUAUGUUGUGCUGUUCCCGCACCGCGUACUGCAUUCGGUUUGAGGUCUACUGUGGCAAGACAAACCAAGAAAACGACAACAAAACUGGUCCCGCUGCUGUGGCACGCAACCUUCGCCAUGUAUUUGGUCGUUAUGGCACUGAAGGAAACGACUUCAGGCUGGUUGUCACCGACCGGUAUUACACGUCAAUCCCUUUGGCACUGCAGCUACUAACGAUGAACUUUUAUCUCGUGGGGACAAUCAAUACAGCGAGGCUGGGCUUACCUGAGGAGAUAUUUCUAUCCCGAAGAAGCGCCCGCAAAGUGUUGAUCGGGGGCACUUUUGCUGUAAGCGAGUUCACUCAGCUUCCAAUAAUGAAGGCAAUACGGUGGUGGGAUUCCCAAGCUGUAUAUCUGUUGGCUACCGGUGGUAGUGAUGCGAUGGAUCGUGUCGUGAGGCGAGAAGAGAUUUCUGGAAUGCAAAAGGAGUUCGCGUGCCCUCGGAUCAUGAAGGAUUAUCAUACGUUCAUGGGUGGAGUGGACGUGCACGACCAACUCCGUCUGCAAAGGUACUCGCUUCAGCUUGCGAUCAAGUACAAGAAAUACUACAAGUCGCUGUUUCUUGGUCUGAUUGAUCUUGUCACUGUGAACGCGUACAUCACGCACAACGCUGUACGGGCGGCUGCAGGGCUGCAGAAGCUUAGUCACGUCAAGUUUAUGAAGCAGUUGCACCUGGAGCUCUGCCAACUCCGCGAGGAAGACUGGGAUGCUCUCCUGCGUGACGACGGGCAAGCCACUCCGACCCAGUCUCCAGCAGCGGGAUCCGGCCGACGAGCUGUACAUUUUCCGCUGAAGAACGAGAAAAUGCGUCCGGGCAACGACGGGAAGGGCCAGAAGCAAUGUGUGCGAGCCUGCAAAGUGUGCUCUUGGAUGAAGGGUAUUUCUGGAACGAUCGCAAACGACACGUCAACGUACUGCAGCUUCUGCAAGCUCAAGGUGAAGGGAAAGACGCUGCAGAACAACCCACAAGCGCAGCGAGUAUUCCUGUGCGACAAGGUGCGUCAUACGCACAAUGGAGCCGCGAUGUCCUGCUUCGAACUGUGGCACAAGGGGUGGCGGAACGGCACGCGGCGCCCAGCCAGCAAGAGCAAGCUUCGCGCGCGCACCCCGGUCGAGGUUUGCGAGGAAGAGGUCCAGUCGUCAAGUGAUGAGUCGUCCGGCGAGCGCCAGGCGAAGAGAGCGCGCCAGAACAGCUGA